AAAGACUGAUGUUGCUUUAAACGCCUCCUUGUUCUCCCAGAAGGAACUUAUAAAGGAAUCGCUUCUAUUCGGACUAGCCCAGUUUCCCCCUUUAUCCCCCCAAGAUAUUGUAAGUGGGGGGGGCAGGUGUGUUGCUUAGGAAGGUUUCUCUGGCAGGGAGAGAUGAAAUUGGUGGAAAGGAGGCAUAGAUCAAAUCUCGCUUGAACCAAGCGCCUUCAAAAGCCAAGCAAGGUUUUCAAUCUUGCUGGGUUUUCUUAAGGGGAAAACCCAGAGGGUGGCUGGAAAGGGACUUCUUUGCCUCAUUUCUUUCUUUCAUAUCUUCGCAGGUAGAACAAACAGGGAGGGAGGGCGGUAUGAAAUGAAAACCGAGGUUUGAUUUUUUAUUAUUAUUAUUAUUUUUGCACUAAAGAUUAAUCCACCACUUUGGGCUCCUGAAAUGUAAUCUCAGUAGUUAAAUUAACCCGGAAAGCAACAGAAAUGGUUUUCCUACUUGGGAUGAAACCAUUUGCUAGGACACAGGUUGACUGUGGCUAUUGAAAACUGAGCGUCUUGGUUGCCCACGCGGCUUCUCCCAAGGGAACGUGGCCUGUUAUCGCACAGUUUUGUCCCAAAUCUUUUGUCUCUCUCCUCCCCCCUCCAACAACUUUCUACACUUUUCUGUUUUGGGGGGAGGUUGAGUUUGGUUAUGCAGGUUUAUAGGGUGAAGUCGAUUCAGCUGCACCACAACCAUGUCUAGUUUGGAGGAAAGAGAGCACCUCCCGGCCAUCAUCCACUAUCUUAAGAGGCGCGGCGUUCAUGCCCAGCUGUGGAAGGCCAACCCUACCAGCCAGGAGAACCACAGAUCGGCUCCUCUUGCUGGUGGCCUGUUUGGUGUCCCGCUCCACUCCCUUCCCCUUUCUGAGCGUGCAGAAGGCGUGCCACAGUUCCUUGUCGAUGCUUGCGAACUGCUUCGGCCCCAUCUUCAUAUUGAAGGGCUUUUCCGGAAAUGUGGCUCCCUGACACGCAUCAAAGCUUUAAAGAGGCGCCUGGAAGCCGGCGAGCGCUGCCUGGAGAUGGCCCUGCCGUGCGACGUGGCCACCCUUGUCAAACAGUUCCUGAGGGACCUGCCGGAGCCCCUGAUCCCGGCCCCGCUUCAGGGGCCUCUCUGCCAAACCCAGAGCGGGGAAAAGCGCCUGGAAGCCGGCGAGCGCUGCCUGGAGAUGGCCCUGCCGUGCGACGUGGCCACCCUUGUCAAACAGUUCCUGAGGGACCUGCCGGAGCCCCUGAUCCCGGCCCCGCUUCAGGGGCCUCUCUGCCAAACCCAGCAAAGAGGAGACCCGGAGGAGGAGGAGGCCGACCAGGGCUCACUGGCUCUCCUCCUCACCUGCCUGCUGCCCCCGAAAAGCGCAGCCGUCCUUCGCUACCUGUUCUGCUUCCUGCAAGAUGUGGCAUCCAGGUGCACUCAGAACAAAAUGGAUUUGGCCAACCUGGCCAUCAUCUUCGCCCCCAACCUCUUCUCUGCCGAACCCUGCGGCCAGCUGGGCAGCCGAGCGGAAGGCCAGCUGCAAAGGCAGGCAGCUGUCAUUCAGGUUUUGAUCAGCCGUGCCUCGGAGAUCGGCACCGUUCCUCAAAUUCUCCUGGAAAAAGUCAGAGCGGCUUUUUCAGAUCUGGACAGCGAGAAGGGGCAGCCCCCUCCCGAGCCCGAAAAUCCCGGAGGGAGGGGCCUAGAAGGGAGGAGGAGGAGACGACGCAGCAUGGGCAACAUCGUGACUGAGGCCUUGAGCAAAUUCAAGACUGGCCGCGCCCUUUGCACAGCUCCUUGCCCGGAGAUCAAAGGCGAUGCCUUGAGUAAUAACAUGACUCUGAAAACCUCUUUCAACUCCAAGAGGAAAGCCUCCGAUGACGUCGGCUGGACCACGGAGCUUUCGGCCAAGAAGAGGCGGUCAAUCCUGGAUUCGGCCAAUUCAGAACCCUUUGAUGGGAAUGGCAGGGAUCCACCGGAUGAAGCAGGAGAUUUGAAUCCUGUCCAAGUUCCUACAACCGCUACUCCGGUUUUCUCCAGCAAUGACUCAACUCCAGUCUCUGACACAAGGCCAGACCUCCCGCGAGCCCCAUCUGGGAAAGUUCAGAGGAGACGAAGUGGUGGCGGGAAACACUCUCAGAGAAAACACUCUGUCCACACUCCCCCCUGCUGCUCCCCAACAUCCUUUGAGCGGAAGAACAAGGGGCGCAAAUCCUUGCGGAUCUUUUCCCGCGGCAGCAAAGAUCUGGUGCCUCGUUCUGAACCACUUCCCACUUCUCCAAAAGCAGCAGAACCCGGCGGCUGGCUUCUCACGAAGGUGGCGGAGGGACGGGAAGGCCUGGCCUUGCAGCCGAGAUGAGCCCAGUCACAGUCCUGCGAGCCCAGAGAAAUGGAAAAAGGGUCUCCAAAUGGCUUAUCCAACAGAAACGCCCCUCCCUCCACGAAUCCAGGCGUCCCGAAUGCUGUUGCGAAAUGUAAGUGCGUCGUGGGGCUGAGCCCCCACUCGGACGGUUUUCCGAACCAUCCCUCCCUACGCCGAUCUUUGAGUUGGCCUGAGGAUCUGUCCACCAGGAAAGCCGCUGAGGAGAGGGAGACGGGCUUUUUUCCGGACGGGGCUCCCCUCAGCGCUGGAGAGCACGAGGCCCCAAGGUCUGGCCCAACGGGGCCCCCUCUGCCUCCGGCCAAUGUCGCCAUGACAGGCGUGAGGCCGGUGACGGUUCCUGAGAUUCACGUGACGCUGGCGGACGGCGGUGUGGACGGCCACCUGGAGAACGGGGCUUGUGACCUGCCCCGAGGCCCACUUCUCUCCAUGACCGAGGCAUCCGAGGCCCACCUUUCUCCGGUGGUUAACCUCCACGACGGCCCUCCGAGCGUCCUGAAGCGCCUGACCCUCCAUUUCCAGCGCCUCUCAUCCUCCUGGUCCAGCCCUCCCAGGCGCAAGGGGGGGCGGCGGUUUGGCCGCUCCGUGAGCCACGAAAGCGGUCUGCCCUUGCAGGCGGGUCCGGAGGAGGCCUUUGCCGGCCAGACCGGGCAGCCUCCCAAAAGCUGCCGGCCCUCCUUCAAAGCUUGCAGCAGGCAGAUCUGCGUGGCCCGGAAACAGAUCGUGCUGUCGUUUGCCAACUUCAGAAAGAGGGACGGGCAAAGCCCUUCGGACGCUGAACCGUCAAAGGUGGCUUUUCCAGAGAACCAACAAUAGGUACACCUUGGAAAGAGGAACAGUGAGGUAGGAAGUUACUUUUUUUGGACUAAAACGUCUGGAAGUGUUGCCAACAAAGGUUUUCGGGAGUUGCUGUCCAAAUCAGUCACUUUUACAGCUCUAGCUUGCCCCUGCGUUACCACUAGGGACCACUGUAGUCUCCGGCUGUGUUGGAUUACAACUCCCAUAAUCCCCAUUCCACGGCCAAUCACCUCCCCAGGAUUUGUAGCAAAAGCUGACCCCGUCUAGUCGGACUUUCUGUUUAGUCGGAUGAUGGUUCGGUCUCUGGCAAUGCCUACCUUUGGGUUUAAUUGGCCAUAGGCGAUUUCAUUGCAUUUUAUUACCGCUUUUGGCAGAAUUCUGAGUUGAAGAUGGAUUGGAGCCAUCGGUAUCUUAAAAAAAAAAAAAGCCUGGUGAGUCGUUGCAUUAUGUGGUGCCAUUCAUCAUUUUCCUGUUAACGAAAAACCCUAAUGUUGACACCAAUUCUAGCUUUCCCUCUGGCAUCUUAAAUUAACUUUCUCUCUUUCUCCACGGGCUGUUUUUCCCCCCUGACUUUUCUCCUGAUAUCCUUGUUGAACGUUUUUGUACAAAACCUCUCGAUGGUGGAUUGUUAAGAUCUUGUGCUUAUUCAACCUGGCUUCUCCAAACCAGAUCUCUGUAGCAAAGGUCCUCUGCUUUCAUUUUAUUCCCGAUAAUAUUUUUCUCCCAUUGAUUUUGGAGGGGGGGAAACUAUAACAUCAGGGGACAAAUUCUCACUCAGCAAGUGAGGGCUUCAAAUUCGGUAUUUGGUUACUGGGGACUGCCUGAAACGUGCAGUUUUGAGCAAGGAAAUUCCCUCUUGAAUUGGUUCGGUUCUUUAGACUCCUUGGUGGAUGCACAAAAAAUCUCAGAAACAAAAUUCCAUAGCGGUGGAUGGUAGGACAGCCUUCCCAAUCUGGUGUCCUUCCGCUGUGCAUGGACUACAACACCCAUCACCCCCUAGCCAGCUUGUCCAGCACAGCCAAGGGAACACCCGGUGUCUAGGAAGGCUGACUCUUCUGUUUUGACUCUGCAUUUCUCCUGCCUUCCUCCAGAGGGCAGUCAAACGCCUUUUCGAUUUCUAAUAGACAUGAUUAUUUUUAAAAUCAGUUUUGAAAGAUAUAUCUGCGUCUUGUGCGGUUUUCUAAAUCCUGACACUAAAGAAUUAAAAGCAAGAAAUAUCACAC